AUGGAUUUUACAGAGUCUUUUAAACAAUCUUUAAACCUCUGUCGGUUUUCCCCAGAUCUAAAAUAUUUAGCCAUCGCCCUAGAAAAUGCGGUGGUUGUUCGAGAAACAGAAACGUUUCAAGUAUCGUUUGAAUUUAAACAAACGAGUAAUAUUCAAAGUCUUGAAUGGUCACCAGAUUCAACUCUCGUGUUAGCUGCAAAUUUUGCGAAUGGAGAAAUUGUCAUUCGCGACGUAAACGAUCCGACUUGGAAAAGAAACAUCAGAGAAGGACCUGCAGGUUUAAUGAAUGUAAAGUGGAACCCCGACAGUCGAAGUGUAAUGUGCUUUUCCGAUUUUCAGCUUCGUAUUACAAUAUGGUCGUUGAUAACCAACAAAGGAUAUUACAUACAAGAUCCAAAAUAUCAUAACAAAGGAUUUUGUUUUCGAGAGGAUCCGCCAUGUUUCAUAUUAGCAGAACGUCGUGAAUGUAAAGAUUACAUCGGUGUUUACAAAUGUAACACCGACGACUGGAAAUUAAUAAACGUAUUUCAAGUUGACACAGUUGAUCUGGAUAAUUUUGCGUUAUCGCCUAAUGGUCAGUAUAUUGUUGUGUGGGAGAAUUGCAUUUGGUAUAAAAUUAUAAUGUACACCCUUGAUGGACAAUGCGUGGGAAACUUUUCAAUCGAUAACGAAGGGCUUGGCGUUAAAUCAAUUGCUUGGUCGCCUUCAAGUAAAUUGGUAGCAGUAGGGGGUUAUGAUCAAAAGAUUCGUCUUUUCAAUAAUCAUACUUGGACACCAAUCAAAGAACUUAUGCAUUCAAGUCGAAUCAAAGAUACCCAAAAUCUGAAAAUAUGGAAAGAAGCACGCGAAUACAGUCCGGGACUUGGAAGAUUCAUAGUUAAAUAUGAUCUUAUCGAAAAACCUAUUGAGGUACCCCUAAUGCAGCCAUCGGAAAUGAAGCCAAAUCCUAAAUCAGGAGUCGGAACUUGCAAAUUUAACGCCAACGGAAGUUUGAUAGUAACAUUGAAUGAUAACAUGCCUAAUUGUCUCUGGAUAUGGGACGUUAACCAUCUAAAUCUUAUAGCCUUGAUCAUUCAAUUGAAUUCGGUUAAGAACUUCUAUUGGAACCCUGUCGAGGCAGACAAAUUAGUGAUAUGUUGUGGGAAUGAAUUUGUGUAUUUUUGGUGUGGUCAAGAUCAAGGAACAGAAAUUAUCGAAGUUCCAUCCGUUAAUUUUAAAGUUUACAAUAUGAGUUGGCGCUCGGACGGUAAGUCAAUACUGAUGAUGGAUAAAACGAGGUUUUGUGUUUCUUUUAUUACUGAUAGAGACAAUAGUGAAUUAAGCGAAUAG